GCGAGCCGCGCACUAUUAACCGUGUCUGUGCUCCUUUUUUCGUCUCCCCAUUUGCCAAUGUUACGAUUCGCGUGUACACAAGCAAGACAGUGCGGUGUAAUAGUUCACGAAUCUAUCUCGUUAGGUCCGCGCUUUCAUUUCUCGCUACAUGUGCCGCUGUUAUCGCAUUUUUCUAGCAUCGCGAAAUCGUUUCAUAUUUAUUCUUGUUUUUUACUACUCCUUUUCCUAUUUUAAAGUUCGUUGUAAGUGCCAUUAUUUAUGAUGACUCUUUUCAGUUUUAUAAUAUAGUAACGUAACGUUAUAUUUGCAACUUUUGGAGUAAAAUCGCUGCACGCGGUAAUUUAUUAAAGUUCCACAUCUAAUUUCCAAUUUCGCGAAAUAUUCGCUAAUGGAAAGACUCAAAUAAUAUCGUGAAAAUCAAGAUAUUAUAUAAUGAUGUGUAUGACAGGUUUUUAUAUGAAAAUUCUAAACUUUUGUGUAAAACGUGUGUGUUUAUGUGCGUGCGCAUGCCAUGCGUUUCCUUGAUUGUUACACAUAUAUCAAAGCGAUAUAUGUUUGUAACUAUAACUUUUCUAUUGUCAUUUUUAGAUCUCUUCAAUUUUGUUAUCCGAAAUAUUAAUUUACUCUUUCAUCAAUAUUAUUUAUAAUAAUGAUUUAUACUUUAUGUAACAUCUUAAUGUAACAUUUCUCGCGUUGGAUUCAUCAUUAUUUCUGACUCGUAUAUUGUACGCGCAAGAGAUUAAAAUCGUGUGAAAAUUAUGUUUGGAAAAAUACAACGUAUGGCAGACGAUUAUUCGCAACGAAAAAUUAAUCUUGAAUGUACUUUGAAUACUACGCCGAACACAGAGAUUUACUUUGUAUGUAGCCGACGGCUGCUGGAUUAAACAUCUUUUCGAUGGACCCGAUCAUGCUAGAAAACAGCAACAUUGAAAUUGGAGCGCAACCGCAACAGCAACAUCAACAACAACAACAACAGCAACAUCAACAACAGUAUGGAGAAGUAAAUCAAUUAGGGGGUGUAUUCGUGAAUGGUAGACCUCUCCCUAACGCCGUCAGAUUGAGAAUAGUCGAGCUCGCACAGUUGGGUAUCAGACCAUGUGAUAUUUCACGACAACUACGUGUCAGUCACGGAUGCGUCAGUAAGAUAUUGGCACGCUAUCAUGAAACUGGUAGCAUUUUGCCAGGCGCAAUUGGCGGUAGUAAGCCGCGAGUCACCACACCAAAAGUCGUGCAAUAUAUUAAACAAUUAAAGUUAAAGGAUCCGGGAAUCUUUGCCUGGGAGAUCAGGGAUCGGCUGCUGUCCGAUGGUGUUUGCGAUAAAUACAACGUUCCUUCAGUGUCCAGUAUAUCGAGGAUAUUGAGAAAUAAAGUUGGCAUAACGACGACUAUGCAUCAUCAUCCACAUCACUCGGCUCAUCAUCAUCAUCAUCAUCUUUACGCAGCCGCUGCAGCGGCUGGUGCAGCUCUUUGUCCUGUGCCGUAUCCACCGACACCUUAUCAUCCGACGGUGCCACCCUCCAUCACGCAUCAUCAUCAUCAAGUUGGACCAUCGUCAGCGAAUAAACUGUCAUCAUUGUCGCCAACAGUUCAUACUAGCGGCGGACAUCAAACGGCAACCAACAACGCUCUGCAAUGGCCAAGUCCUCACACUGUACAUGACAUUCUGGCUAACAGCUGUAACGUACAGAAUUCCUCGUCGUCUCCUUCGCCAACUUCAUUAUGCUCCACAAUCAACAACAAUCAUCAUCACAAUCGUCAUAAUGAUAAUUCCGCUAAUAAUAAUAGCAACAACAGCAAUAGCGAUAAUAAUAAUGACCGUAGGACAUCAAGUCAUCUUCAUCCGCAUCAUCCUCAUUUGGCACAUCAUCAUCAUCAACAGUAUUACACUUCUGCGUUAUAUCAUCAUCAUCAUCAUUCGGAUACUAUGGCAGCAGCCACCAUAUCAUCUACUCUCUCUGUACAAUCUAUCAUGUUACAAUCUUCAGGCACAAAUCAGCCAGCCAGCCCUUGCAAUUAGAUUAAUUAGAAGAAAGAAUAACAUUUGUUUCACAAAUAUGAAAUUAUAAACAAUUAAA